CAAUCUUGGAACACUCGUCUUCUCUCGUAUAUAUUUGGUGCCCUGUACGUUGUGUAUAUUUUUAUCUUAGUGGGUUCUCCACAUUCGACAUCAUCACCUCCGCAAUUGUACGUACUAGCUCUACCUGGGAUCCAGUGGCUUUUUAUAAUUUUGUACAUCUAACUUUGUGAAUAUUUCUUGUUUUGUAUAGUCUAGCUCGCCAUGGGUGAAGGGAAAGAAACGUCCGUGAUUAACGGCCUUGGAAACACUCUUUCCCAGAUAGAAAAUGUUGUGUCUGCAUCUUUACGGCCAUUGCCCACUGCAACAGGCGACGGGACAUAUCUUCCUACAUCCACGCAAACAGGUCUUGUCAAGGAUCUUCCUUAUGUUGACCUUAACGAUGUCCGAACCCUGGUGGACGUCGUCAAGAGUGCUGCUACCGGUGAACCAGUGAAUGACAAGCAGUAUAUCAUGGAACGAGUGAUUCAGCUUGCUGCUGGGUUGCCAUCUACUUCUCGCAAUGGAGCUGAAUUAACUAAGUCGUUCUUGACUCUACUAUGGAAGGAUCUUCAGCAUCCACCGAUUUCUUAUCUUGGAGCUGAUUCCAUGUACCGCAAGGCAGACGGCUCGGGAAAUAAUCGCCUGUGGCCCCAUAUAGGAGCGGCUGGUGGCUUUUACGCAAGAUCCGUCCGGCCGAGUACUGUGCAGUCUCCGUCCCUUCCGGAGCCCGAGACGCUUUUCGAUUGUCUACUUCGUCGAAAGGAAUACAAGGAGCAUCCAAAUAAGAUAUCUAGUGUUUUGUUCUAUCUUGCUUCCAUAAUCAUUCAUGAUUUGUUUCAAACUGACCCCAAGGAUAACUCUGUUUCUCUGACGUCCUCUUAUUUGGACCUUUCCCCGCUAUAUGGAAACAAUCAGGAUGAGCAGAAUCUUGUUCGGACUUUCAAGGACGGGAAGCUGAAGCCCGACUGCUUUUCCACAAGGAGAGUGCUGGGUUUCCCUCCUGGAGUUGGUGUGCUUUUGAUAAUGUUUAAUCGCUACCACAACUUUAUCGUGGAACAGUUAGCCUCAAUUAACGAGGGUGGCCGGUUUACUAAACCAGACGAAUCCAACGUUAAGGAGUAUGCCAAAUACGACAACGACCUCUUCCAAACCGGUCGACUGAUUACCUGCGGGCUUUACGCGAAUAUUAUCCUGAAGGAUUAUGUUCGAACCAUCUUGAAUAUUAACCGGACAGAUAGCAUCUGGAGCCUGGACCCACGGAUGGAGAUGAAAGACGGACUAUUAGGCGAAGGAGCAUCCGAAGCGACUGGAAACCAAGUCUCUGCCGAGUUUAACCUUGUGUACCGCUGGCACUCCUGCAUUUCCAAACGCGACGAGCAAUGGACGGAUGACUUCCACCGCGAAAUCUUUCCUGGAAAGGACCCCAGUACCUUGUCCUUGAGGGACUUUGUUGCCGGGUUGGGCCGAUGGCAGGCAAUGCUACCUGAACAGCCACAGGAUCGUACAUUUUCUGGAUUGCAGCGCAAAUCAGACGGCACAUUCGAUGACGAUGACUUGGUGAGGCUCUUUGAACAGGGCGUUGAGGACUGUGCGGGCGCUUUUGGUGCUUCUCAUAUCCCAACAGUCUUUAAGAGUAUUGAGGCUUUAGGUAUCAUGCAGGCGCGCUCCUGGAACCUGGGAACUCUCAAUGAGUUCCGCAAAUACUUUAACCUUGCACCCCAUAAAACGUUUGAGGAUAUCAACCCUGACCCAUACAUUGCUGAUCAGCUCAAGCGCCUGUAUGACCACCCGGACCUUGUGGAGAUUUACCCUGGUGUAAUUGUGGAGGACACGAAGGAGUCCAUGGUCCCCGGAAGUGGAUUGUGUACCAACUUUACCAUUUCACGGGCAAUUCUCUCCGAUGCCGUGGCGUUGGUUCGUGGUGAUCGCUUCUAUACAGUUGACUAUACUCCAAAGCACCUUACGAACUGGGCCUAUAGCGAGAUUCAGCCCAAGGACACUGUCGAUCAGGGCCACGUUUUCUACAAGUUGGUCCUGCGCGCGUUUCCCAAUCACUUCGCGGGAAAUUCUAUUUAUGCCCAUUUUCCUCUCGUUAUUCCAUCUGAGAACCAGAAGAUUCUCAAGAACCUGGGAUUCUCUGAGAGAUAUAGCUGGGAUCGCCCCGCCCCCAUUCCCCAGCCUGUGUUCGUCAACUCCCAUGCUGCCUGCAUGUCCAUCCUUAACGACCAGGGGACAUUCAAGGUGACUUGGGGUAAGAAGAUCGAAUUUUUGAUGGAGCACAAUAAGCAUCCUUACGGCAGAGAUUUUAUGUUAUCCGGCGACGGACGACCAAAUGCUGCAUCACGGCAGAUGAUGGGAUCGGCCCUGUACCGUGACAAAUGGGAGGAUGAAGUCAAGAAUUUCUACAAGGAAAUUACGUUGAAGCUUUUGCGUAAAAACUCUUACAAACUGGCUGGUGUCAACCAAGUAGACAUCGUCCGCGACGUCGCAAAUCUUGCUCAGGUUCACUUCUGUGCCAGCGUCUUUUCAUUACCAUUGAAGACCGAAUCCAACCCCAGAGGUAUCUUUACAGAGUCGGAGUUGUACAUGAUCAUGGCUGUGGUUUUUACUGCCAUUUUCUAUGAUGCGGACGUUGGGGUUUCAUUUGAGUUGAACCAGGCGGCUCGGACUGUGACACAGCAGCUUGGCGAACUUAUGAUGGCCAAUGUUGAGCUCAUUGACAAGACUGGCUUCAUUGCGAAUCUGGUGAAUCGACUCCACCGUCACGAUAUCCUCAGUGAAUAUGGAGUUCAUAUGAUCCAGCACCUUCUCGCCACUGGACUUCCUGCGCAGGAAAUCGUAUGGACUCAUAUUCUGCCAACCGCUGGUGGAAUGGUAGCAAACCAGGCACAACUCUUCUCUCAGUGCCUUGACUAUUAUCUUUCGGAAGAAGGCUCCGUUCAUCUUCCUGAGAUCAAUCGCUUGGCUAACGAGGAUACUCCCGAGGCUGAUGAGCUUCUUACACGAUAUUUCAUGGAGGGAGCCCGUCUACGUUCGUCUGUUGCGCUACCACGAGUAGCCGCAAGCCCUGCGGUGAUUCAGGAUGGCAGCGAGAAGGCCACCUUGAAAGCAGGUCAACUCGUUCUCUGCAAUUUGGUGUCCGCAAGCAGGGACCCUGUUGCCUUCCCAGAGCCGGAGAAAGUGAAACUCGACCGUAACAUGGACUUCUACGCUCACUUUGGGUUCGGACCCCACAAGUGCCUGGGGUAUGGACUUUGCAAACUGGGAUUGACCACGAUGCUUAAAGUGGUCGGAGGCUUGAAUAAUCUCCGCCGUGCUCCAGGCCCUCAAGGACAACUGAAGAAGCUCUCUGGUCCUGGUGGAAUCGCCAAGUAUAUGAACGAGGACCAGAGCGGAUUUUUCGCAUUCCCAACUACGAUGAAGAUCCAGUGGGAUGGCGAGUUGCCUCCCGAGACACGGCAGGGUUAAGAUUUUCUUUUUGUUAUAUGCGUUGGGUAUAUAUAUUAUUUUGUACACAUGUACCUCUCUGUAUACUACGGAUCUAGAUAUGUGGUACUUGGGUAUGAUUUGUAUUUUAUGUUUUCUGGAUUGAAAUGACUGACUGGGCGAACAACUUGCUUAACAAAUAUUGAUUAAGCUAUAUCUGAAAUAUUAAUGAAGAAUUUCAGGCCGUUAUGCAACUG